UGCGCCGGGAGGCGGGGCUCUGAGGGUCAGGCGGAAACGAAGAAGCCGUGUCAAAUGGCGGUUUGCUAACUGAGCGCUGGUUCUGUUGAAGCUGUUCAGACUCGCGGUUUCGGACGGUUCGUUUUSAUCCGGAUCUGUUGGACGGACCUUCAGAGGCAGACCACGGAGCUUUUAGCUUCAAAUAAAGGUGGGAUGGCAAAGAGGAUUGCUGACAAAGAGCUGACGGACAGGAACUGGGACCAGGAGGAYGAGGGAGAGGAGGCCGGGACGUUUUCUGUGGCCAGUGACGAUGUGCUGAAGGGUCGAGCCAUAAAGAAAGCCAAACGUAGAAACACUGGAGGAGAGGGUGAUGGGGGCGGGGCUUUCAGGGGAUUCAAAGGGUUUUCACUGACCACGGCGGCAGCGAGUCCCCCCACCUUCUCUGGAUUCGGGAGCCCCGGAGGCUUCAAAGGUUUUGGUGGUCUGACCAACGGGACCAGCAGCUCGUCGUUCGGAGGUUUCUCAUCUCCUGCAGCGUCUACGGCUGCAGCUGGUGUGACGUUCAACGGGCCCUCCUCCUCCUCCUCCUCCUCCUCCUGCAGCCCCCCCUGCUCUGACGUGGGCCCCCAGCAGACCAAUGGCUCCGCCCCCAGCCCCCCUGCGAGCCACAGGGAGUACCGGCGUCAGCUGACAGCUCUGAACUGCUCUGUGAGGGACUGGAUCAGUAAACACGUCAACGACAACCCUCUGUGUGAUCUCAACCCCAUCUUCAGGGAUUAUGAGCGACACCUGGCCAGCAUCGAGCGGCAGCACGGAGCYGGCUCCGCUGAGGGGGUCUCUGAGGAGAAGAAGACCCCUGCAGCCGCUGCAGCUGCUCCUUCCUCCUCCUCCAGUAGCUCCUCGGCUCCUUCGGCUGCUUUGUUCUCCUUCAGUAAAAAGCCGACGGAGGACUCGGCUCAGAGGAGCUCGGGCCUGGCCCCGCCCACCGCCGUCACCUUUAACUUUGGGGAGAGGGUGGACCGCUCCGUCCUGGGCUCACUGGGGUCCAAACCUGCCUCCUUCAGCAGCACUCUGUUCGGGGGUCCAGCACCCACCCCCCCACUGUCCCUGAGUGGGUCUAAACCUGAGGUGGUCCACCCUGCAGAUGAAAACGGAGACGAGGAGUCGGAGGAGCCGCCCAAACCGGAGGUGAAAGAAGUGAAGGAGGACGACGCUUUUUACUCCAAGAAGUGUAAACUGUUCUACAAGAAGGAGGCGGAGUUUAAAGAGAAAGGUGUGGGAACGCUGCACCUGAAGCACACGGCUGAUGGGAAGGUUCAGAUGGUGGUUCGAGCUGACACAAACCUGG